CCUAAGAGACGAAUGGCAACCAAGAACUCCUCUGUGACAGAGUUCAUCCUCGCAGGCUUAACUGACCAGCCAGGCCUCCGGAUCCCCCUCUUCUUUCUGUUUCUAGGUUUCUACAUGGUCACUGUGAUGGGAAACUUGGGCUUGAUAAUGCUGAUUGGGCUGAACUCACACCUGCAUACCCCCAUGUACUUCUUCCUCUUCAAUCUCUCCUUAAUAGAUUUCUGUUACUCCACCACCAUUACCCCCAAAAUGCUGAUGAGUUUUAUCUCAAAGAAAAACAUCAUCUUGCACUCUGGGUGCAUGACUCAGCUCUUUUUCUUCUGCUUCUUCGUUGUCUCGGAGUCCUUUAUUCUGUCAGCUAUGGCUAACCCCCUGGUGUACAUGGUUACCAUGUCUCCACAGGUGUGUUUUCUUCUCUUGUUGGGUGUCUAUGGGAUGGGAUUUGCUGGGGCCAUGGCCCAUACAGGAAGCAUAAUGAGUUUGACCUUCUGUGCUGACAACCUUGUCAAUCAUUUCAUGUGUGACAUUCUUCCACUCCUUGAGCUCUCUUGCAAUAGCACCUAUGUGAAUGAGUUGGUGGUCUUUAUUGUUGUGGCCAUUGACAUUGGAAUGCCCAUUGUCACCAUCUUCAUUUCUUAUGCCCUCAUCCUCUCUAGCAUCCUUCACAUUAGUUCCACAGAUGGCAGAUCCAAAGCCUUCAGCACCUGCAGCUCCCACAUGAUUGUGGUUUGUCUUUUCUUUGGUUCUGGGGCUUUUAUGUAUCUCAAACCACCUUCCAUUUUGCCCCUUGAUCAAGGGAAAGUGUCCUCUCUGUUUUACACUAUUGUGGUGCCCAUGUUAAACCCAUUAAUCUAUAGCUUGAGAAAUAAGGAUGUCAAAAUUGCCCUGAGGAAAACCUGGGACAAAAAAAUAUUUUCUUAA